AAUAUAUAUUUUAUUAUGAGUCUCAGUAGCUACAACUACAAGCAAGUAGGCCUAGUGGCAUAAAUGAGGCCCCAAUCAAUGUAAGUUGAUGUUUAACUGUUUGCUGAGCCAAGUGCCAAUCUGUGACUCAGGAAUUCUGUUCACUCAGUUGCUCUUUUUUUGGACACGGCAGCACAUUUGUUUUCUAAUUUAAAUUUAAGGGUCUUCAAAGAUCUUUAGUGUGGCUUUCAUGUGUCAGAUGCUCUGGGUUCCUUAAAAAGAAAGAGCGACUAAGUAGAAGUAUUGGAAACCUGCACACAAUACUGCUAAGAAACUAUACUCACCAAGCGAAAGUUCCAUUUUAAGGAUAUGGACCUUCGUCUGACACUCCUGUUGAUCGGUCUCUGCAGCCCAGGAGUCACUAAUGCACAAGUGUCCGAAAAUGAGUCGAUUCCUCUGGUGCCUCUUAUUCCCCUGAUGCCCAGCCACCACAUAGAGAAAGUAGACAAUAUUAGUAGGCCUACAGCACAAUCAGGAACUGUGCAUACCACAGAAGCAACAGCCAUAACUAUUGGGCCAAACGGGAGCUCAUCAGAGGAAGAACAUGACAAAGAUUGUCUGUCUGGCGGCCGGAGCCAACAGUCAAGGGAGGCCAUCGCUGCAGCCAUUCAGAGACUGGGUGUGCAGCUGCUGCAUAACCUGAAGACGACGCCAGAGGAGCCAAAUGUCAUCAUAUCUCCUUUGAGCAUAUCGUUAGCGCUCUCCCAACUGGCUUUGGGCGCAGUAAAUGAGACGGAGGAGCUGCUGAUGCAUCAUCUAAAUGAAAACGGUCUCCCGUGCUACCACCAGUCGCUGCAUAACGUUUUGGCGCAGCUCAGAAACAAUGACCUGCAAAUUGCCACACGCAUCUUCCUGCGCCAAGGGUUUGAGCCAAAGCAAGACUUUGUCACUGAAUCCCGGAGGUUAUAUGACUCAGAGCCAGCAGUAUUGGAGAGCCUGCAGCAGAUAAACAACUGGGUAGAGAAUGCUACAAAUGGAAAGAUGGUCGACUUCCUGACUGCUUUACCACCAAAUCUGCUCCUCAUGCUCAUCAAUGCUGUCCACUUCAAAGGAGAGUGGCAAACUCGUUUUGACCCGCACUUUUCCUCUAGAGGCGUGUUCUACCUUGACAACAAGCGUAUGGUUGAUGUUGAAGUGAUGGAAGAUACCAAAUACCCCUUGAGUGUAUUUAUUGAUCAUGAUCUGGAGGCUCAGGUAGCGAGCUUCCCAUUCCUGAAGUCAAAGAGCUUGUUGGUGGUCAUGCCUAUGUCCGGCCAGGUGAAUGUGUCUUCACUUUCCACAAGGUUGAAUAUCUCGGACUUGUAUCGUCGUCUGCCCAAGGAGAGAGCUGUUCAAGUUAAAGUCCCAAAAUUCAAACUGGAGUAUGUUCAAGACCUGAAAGAUGUUUUAACUAAAUUGGGCCUCGGAGAUAUGUUUUCCAGUCCCAACUUUGCUAAUAUGGCAGACGGCCCUCUGCUGGUCUCCAGCGUGAUGCAUAAGUCCAGCAUGGAGAUAAAUGAGGAGGGUGCAGAGGCUGCUGCCGCCACCACAGUGGUCAUCUCACGGGCAUCGAACCCUGUUUUUCACCUCAACCAACCUUUCUUCUUUGCCCUCAUGGACGAUAAAACUCAAGUGCCCAUUUUCAUGGGUGUCAUUAACAACCCAAAUCCUGGUGCUCCUAUUUUGGAGAGAGGAGAACUUGGAAGCAAAGAUAAAGUGGGAUUCCCAAUUGAUAAGGAUGAUGUAAGCUCAUUUAAUGGCCCACCUAAGUAGGGACUAAUACUUUUACUUAUACUGCCAUCCCAGGAAAAACCCAGAACAAGAUCUUUCAUAAUUGUAUAGAAUAAAUGUACAAUGCCAAUAAACUGGAUCAAAAUGUGUGUGCGAAAACA